AUGGUAGAAGAUCAAGAGGUCAUGGCAGAGAAUCAAGAAGUUGUGGUAGAGGAUCAAAGGGUCAUGGUGGAGGAUCAAGAGGUCAUAGUGAAGAAUCAAGAGGUUGUGGCAGAAGAUCAAGAGAUCAUGAUAAAGGAUCAAAAGGUGAUCAUAGUG